AUGAACGCCUCCGCGGAGCAACAAGAUGAAAUUGCCCAGUUGGUUGAGCAAUACGGAGCAGUUCCUCCACCCUGGUUCAUGUUUCCAGAAGACCAUCCGUACAGCAUCGGCUGGCGCAUGGGUGCUGGCGAAUCUUACAUUAUGAUGUACUGGACUUGGUGGAAGCAAGAAAAAGAGCAUCUCGACGAAAAGCAGCGAAUUGAGUAUUUUCGCAGAUGGCCGCCUCCACCCGAGUGGCUCAUUUGGAUGAUAGAAGUGAUCUGGGAUCUUGACCCCAAGGACUUUGAGGAUGACGAUGCUUACUCGCCCUACUUCAAGCGCGUUGAGGCGCUUGGUUUUGGGUCAGAGGACGAUUACAAGAAUGCUAUGCGUGAUGAGGAAGAGUAA